CUCCUUCUACGAGCGACAACGAUGAAGAUAACGGAUACGAUCGAGAGAAACCAUUUCACAAAUGAUCCAGCAGAGUUGGAUAAUUUCAUAUCUGAGCUAUUGCUAGAGAGAUUCGACGGAGAAAUCUCCGAUAACGGUGAAGAAUCGGAUUCCGAUUAGGAAUCUGGAGAAGAAAUCUCACAGUUUCGACAGGUUUACAAAAGGGGAGUGAGAUGAUGAUUGGUGGCAGUACGUGUGACGUCGUUAAGCUACGAAGGGUAUCAAUCAAGCGAGAGAGAGAGAGAGAGACAUCGGACGAAGGAAGAGGGGAAGGAGAGUUGACAGGAGGAAAAAUGUCUAUGAAGAAGAGAUGUCGGGUGCUUGUGUUGUGGUGCUGGAAGUCUCGGAAACUCUUUCAUGGGAUUAUGCCUUGUAGGUGUUCGUAGAAAUGCCUGAGUGACUGUAAACGGAUCACUUCCCGUGUUGUAAGUUGGUUCAAUGAGAAAAAAGGCGUCGACUUGGAACCGGUUUAGGCCCCCAUUCCUUUUAGGCCAAGCAUCUUCGGUUAUAACCGGUCACGAGCACCCCUUGACUUCGACACACUUACUCAGCCUCCAAGAUAAAGACUCAGAGAGAAGCUUGACAUUGAAGAAACAGAGGAGAGGAGGAGUGCUACGGAUCCAUCUCUUUCGUGAUUGUUUCCUGUUCUCGUUUCCCGCUCCGUCUCCUUCUCUUUAGUUUUAGCGGGAAAAUAUAUCUGCAUGAACUGUUCUUGGUUUUAAUAAGCGCUCCCUUACGUCGCCAUGCUCAUCGCUUGUAGCAACAUACGUAAAAGCUAACGUUGUCUGCCAUUGUUCUUCUCUCCGUUCACGUAACUUCAUGGCUUUAGUGUUUCGCGGUUCUUCUCCUCUGUGAUUUAUCUUUUUGGUGUUUUAGAUUUAACUUCUAUAUUACUUAUUAUACCAAUGUCUAUGCACUACUGUUUUUUUGCUUUCAUACUGUGUCAACAUGGCGUAAGGCGAGAGGCGAGACACACACUGCCUCACCUCGCCAUGUGCUAUUAAAACCAAGGAAUGAACAUAAUAUAUGUUGGUGUUUGCAGGAGAUGGCGGCUCCAUCGUACGAAGUCAAUGAUGUCAUCAUGACUCUUUCACAUUAUAUCGAGAUGUCUGCAAGUGAAAGGUCAUCUUUAAGCUGGGGGAAUUUUUUGCCUGAAAAGUAUGUUGGUAGGUGGAUCCAACUCCAAAAGAAGGACAAAAAAGGGUUCCUCAUUUUUCUCGUGAAACAAUAUGAAGAACCUUUUCACCGCAUUGAAAGCUACGGAUUCAAGCAUAUACAUGCAUGGGUGGAUCUGACUAAAUGCAAUUUCGAGCAAACGAGGGAGCAAGCGGACGCUCAGCUUGUGCCAAUCGAAGAUGAGACCGAGGAAGAACUUCAAUGGCGAGGAGGAAGACAACCCACUUUGUUGGUCGCUCCGGAUUUCACCGACAUGAGGCGUAAACAAAUGCUACAAGGCCUGAGGCUGCAAAAGAGAGCGUGGUCUCCAACAGAGCUCGGCCUUGUCUUCUUAAAAGCAAGCAACAGAGCACGUCGCAGUGAGACAUCUAGUGCAGAUUCUCCACAGAGAUUGUGGUCUCCAACAGAGCUCGGUUUUAGCUUCAGGUUUUCAAAAGCAAGGGAAGAAGAUGCACGUAGCAGUGAGACAUCUAGUGCAAAUUCUCCAGUUCUUGCCAAUCAAGACGAAGCAGUCCAUACAUUCUGGCAGAGUCAGCCUAUCGAGCAUCUCUCUGAUGGGCCAAUUCAAACUUCAUCUCUUGUCAAGAAGAAGCCUGAAAAGAUCGGUGCUGACCAUGAAUGGACAACACUAGAUCUGAGUUCGGAUGCUGUUUUAUCAGAGGUGUGUAAGCUUCUCGUGGAACACGAUUAUGAAGGUGAUGGUAAGUUCAGAUAUGCUAACCCUGGGGAUUUUCUGAGGUGGGCACUGAGACCACCUGGGUAUUAUCAAAGCUGGCACAUUGGAAUCCGUGUCAAGAAGAGUCUCGUUGCUUGCCUUUUUGGGGUGCCUGCAAGAAUCAGGGUGCGUGAUAAUGAGGCUGUUAAAGUAGCAGCGGUCAGUUACUUGUGUGUUCAAAAGGACUUCAGGUCUAAGGGACUUGUCCCUAUUAUGAUUAAAGAGAUGAAUCGAAGGAUCAAUUUAAAGGAUAUUUGGCAAGGCAUUUUCUGCACUGAUUUGCUAGUGGCAACUCCAGUCACCACUAUAAGACAAUGGAUCAGAAUGUUGAACCCGGCGAAAGUUUCAAAGUUUUCAGGUGAAGCUAUGUCAAUAAAAGACGCCACCAAACUCUACGAGCUACCAAAUGCACCGGUAACCCCUGGAUUUCGAAAAAUGGUACAAUCUGACGUCCAUGCUGUCACAGAGCUGCUCAGGGGAUACCUUCUAGAGUUUCAAGUUGCGGCAGAGUUUCGUGAAGAAGAUGUCAAGAAUUGGCUUCUCCCCAAAAACAAUGUUGUAGAUUGUUACGUAGUAGAAGACCCUGAAACUCAUGUUGUCACCGACUGUUGCAGCUUCUACACUGUCUCUUUUACUGUCGGUGGCAGGAACAACGUCCAAAUGAAAGCGGCUUAUUCUUACUACAAUGUGGCAACACAGACACCGCUUGUCCAGCUGAUGAGGGAUAUCUUAAUCAUCUGUAGGCAGAAUAAAUUUGAUAUCUUCCAUGCAAAGGAUGUGAUGCACAACGAGAAGUUCUUUGAACAACUAAAGUUUGAAGAAGUUGGUGCACCGUAUCAUUUCUAUCUCUUCAACCAGCGCUUAAGGACUGGAUUGCAGCCUUCUCAACUAGGCUUGACUCUUUUCUAAAUGGCUUUCAUUUUGUGAAUUAGAGGAACCGAAGGAUCGUUACUAUAAUGGUGAAAACGAGGAACAAAAGGGCAAUAUGAAGAUGAGUGUCCAAUGAUUUUGUAGAUACAUGUGAACCUAAAGGGUCUUAGUGUCAAAUAGUUUUUUUUUUUUUUUUUAGUCAAGAAGCUGAUGUGGCAGACUUGUGAGUCAUGUAGAGGGAAAGAAGUGAACAUACGAAUUUGAAAUCUAAAACCU